UUUUCUUCAAAUUGAACAGAUUUUCCAUCAUCUUUUCCCGACGUUGAUUUUCCCCUCUAUCGAAUAUUCGCACCGCAGAAAAUUCAUAAUUGAGCUCAAAGAAAAAUGUCCAUUUCAAGAAUCAUCACUCAAUUUUAAUCCUCUUUGAUCAGCAGCAAAUGGCUCUCUUAAUGCCCUCGGGAUUUUCUUCCCUUUCCUGCCACCGGCGUGAAAUUCCUGCUGAAAUUUAUCCAAGAAACAGAAAUUUUAGGGUGUGUGUUUGUUCGACUGUUAGGGAUUUGGAAGAGGUUGCAACUGAGGUUUUGAAAUCGAGGAGUAAUUGCUAUGAUGAGUUGGGCUGGUUGUACGGAAAAUUCUCUGCUCCGGUGAAGCCUACUGGUAUGGCGUUAUUUACUGCGAAAAAUGUUGUGGAUGAGGAAGAAAGGAAGCAGAAUUAUUACGUGAAUACGGGCUAUGCUAUUCGGACCCUCCGAGAAGAGUUCCCUGAGCUUUUCUAUAGAGAACUCAGUUUUGAUAUCUACAGGGAUGAUAUUGUCUUCAAAGACCCCCUUAACUGUUUUGUUGGUAUUGAGAAUUACAAGUCAAUCUUUUGGGCAUUAAGAUUUCAUGGAAGGAUAUUUUUUAGGGCCAUGUCAGUUGACAUCAUAAGUGUGUGGCAGCCUGUGGAGAACAUGAUAAUGGUUCGUUGGAGUGUUCACGGCAUCCUAAGAGUUCCAUGGGAGAGCCGAGGCCGAUUUGAUGGCACCUCAGAAUACAAGCUUGAUAAGAAUGGGAAAAUCUAUGAACACCGGGUUCACAACAUUGCCCUAAAUGGACCCCAAAAGUUUCAAGGAUUAUCUGUGGAGCAGUUGAUUCAAUCUAUAGGCUGCCCUUCAACUCCAAAACCCACUUACUUUGAGUUCUCAUCCUCUUCCACGAGGAACAUUGUUCCAUCACAGAACCUUUCAGGGAUUAAGCAUUACUUGGGUUCUCUUCUAAUCAAUUCUCUAAAACCCGAGGCUGAAUGAUGACGGACAAUAAAGAGUUGGUUUGUAAUUACGAAGUUUUGGUCAGUAUAGCUAUAAUAUAAUGUCACUUUCACACCAUAUAUCCUGAUUGGAAUACUGGGACCUGGUCUUCACAAACUUCUGAAGUCGAGAUUGCUUGGUAAUGUAAAUUAAUUAGUUCGAAGUUGAAAGCACUGGGAAUUUUGAAUUGUAUCAAAAAUGUAUGGUGUUGAUACGGAAUUGGGCUUAAGAACUUGGCCAUUUACUGUAUGUAUAAGGUAAAUUUUCUGUAUAGUAAAUUAGUUGAGUACAUCUACUUCCUACUGUCGUAGUAAAAUUAAUACAUAGGAUCUGAGCGUUGUGCC